AUGUCUGAAGAUGUUCUCAACACCGCUCCUAUAAAACCAAUGACAGCAAUCCAAAUUUGGGAUUUAGUUGCAAGCUCGAAGACACGAAUCAGACAGCGUUCUACUCAUGAUCAACCUGAAGACGAAGCUGGUAUAUCCAUAGUGGAGGCGCAAUUAGGAGUGGACACAUCAUCUGGUGAUGAUUCCUUCGACCCACUGGAUGAUUGUUACUAUGGUUGGGAUGGGAGCUAUUCUCACCCUCCCAAAAACAAAGUAGUAUUUGAUUUGAAUAUGGUUCAGUCAAUAAACAAAUUAUUACCUAGAGUACAUGUACCUACUUGUAUAUCACGUCCUAUCAAGCAGCUUGGUGACCAAGAUCAAUUGGUUUCUCGCUUGAAUGCAAUUCGCGCUGAUGAUAAAUAUUGGAGAUCUUCCAGCGAGUGGUGCAAGAUGUCCACAGAAGAAAGAAAGAAAUUCUCGCCAGUCUCUUCUCAAGCACAGUUUAAGAAUGGAAUUGAACACAAUGGGGUGCAUUACCAGACUUACAACAAGAAUCCUAAUAACAGUGUGAUCCAUGUCAUCUCUCGAUCAAAUGGAGCUACUCUGUUUGGAAAGAUUGUCAAAAUAUUCACCCAUCAACGCUCCCCAGAAGACACCCAAGCUCCUGUUAGUGACACAUGGCUCCUGGUACGAUACUAUGCACCUGUUCCUGAAGCGAUGCCAAAUCCAUUCACUUGUCUUGGUGAGCCUGACCUAGAAGCACACCUACGGCUCGAAACUACUAGUAAACCAUAUUUAACACACAUUGAUGAGGUUAUUGCGCACUGCGCUUGGAUAGUUUUUGAACAGGGGGAGGUACACUAUCUUCUUGACAAGAAGAGUAUUGCUGUCAUCUCACUAAGCCGCUAG